CCCUGGAGAGGAGGCCUCCUGCUGCGUCUGCCACUCGGAGGCUGUGACCCCUGAAAACCGUCUGGUGCGUUGUGCGAAAUGCAGCCACAGUAACCUACCACCAGGAGUGCCACCUCCCGAGGGUCCUGGGGGACGGGGCGUGGAUGUGCAGGCAGUGCGUCUUCGCCGUGGCCACAAAGCGGGGGGGUGCCCUGAAGAAGGGUCCGUACGCCAAAGCCAUGCUGGGCAUGAAACUGGUGCUGCCCUACCAGCUGAAGGCCCUCGACUGGGACGCCGAACACCUCACCAACCGGCAGCAGUGCUACUGCUACUGCGGGGGUCCUGGGGAGUGGAACCUGAAGAUGCUCCAGUGCCGCCAGUGUUCCCAGUGGUUCCAUGAGGCCUGCACCCAGUGCCUGAGCAAGCCCCUCCUCUAUGGGGACAGGUUCUACGUCUUUGAGUGCUGUGUCUGCCGCGGGGGCCCUGAGAGCGUUCACCGGCUGCCCCUGAGAUGGGUGGAUGUGGCGCACCUGAUCCUGUACCACCUGAGCAUCUGCUGCAAGAAGAAGUACUUUGACUUCGAGCGGGAAAUCCUGCCCUUCGCCAGCGAGAACUGGGACAGCCUCCUCCUCGGGGAGCUCUCAGACACCCCCAAAGGAGAGCGGUACAGCCAGCUCCUGACUGCCUUGACUGGCCACAAGGACAGAUUCAUCUCUGGAAAAGAGAUCAAGAAGCGCAAGGGCCUCUUUGGGCUCCACCUGCGGGUCCCGCCACCCGCACCGCAGAUCGGAGACGAUUUUGGAGAUGGACGGGGGGCCCUUAUCUCGGAAGGCAGGUUCCUUUCAGGGCAGGGCAGGCGUGGGAAGGGGUCGGAGCGCCGAAGAGCCCGGCGGCGCCAGGGCGGGGGGGGUCUGGCCCCGAGCGUGGACUGGCAUGGCAACAUGAAGAGGGAGCAGCCGCAGGAAGCCCUGGCCCAGGAGGAGGGACGGACCCCGGCCAGCGCUAGCCAGGGCUACGGCGGCUACGGCGGCCCAUCCAACACCUACAACUUUCGCCGUACCGAUGCCCGCUGCCAGGACAGUGCCUCGAUCCGGAUGUUCGCCUCCUUCCACCCCUCGGCCAACACUGCAGGGACCUUGAGCACAAACAACAGCAGCAGCAGCAGCCAUAGUGGCUCCUCCUUGGAUCCUCCAGACGCAGCGGCACUCGCACCCGGCUCCUCCUCUUUGACGGACCCUGAGAGCCCCGAGCAGCCCACCACCUUCCCGCCUUCUUGCCUGGCCACCAAGCACCACACACAGCCGCCCCCCUUGGGCCCCUGCGCCCCCUCCGUUUCCCCUGCCGCCCCCGCCAUCACCGCCACGACCAGCAGCUACUUUGGGGCCAUGGGUCGGCUGGCGCGAGGGGAGGCGGUGCGGAUCCUGGCCCGGCGGGUCACGACGGACGGCACCGUCCAGUACCUGGUCGAGUGGGACGGGGGAGGGAUGUUCUAGCCCCUCAGUUGGGGGAGGCGAGGGAUUGGCUGGAGUUUCCACUGCAUUCCGGAACGGACAAGAAGAUGAGGAGAGGGCAGCACCCCCAGGACAAACUGGACUCCCAGCUUUGCUUUGUGCAACAGGGGGAGAGGAGUGGACCCCUGGGAAGGGAAAACUGAGGCGUGGAGUUCCACCAGACUGAACCUCAGAGGGGCCACGAACUCCAUGAACCUUGUUUCCAGGGGGCAAAGAGACGCAAGCCCCCUCCCCAGACACCAUUUUCUCCUCCUCCUCCCUCGUUCCAGCUGUCUUUGCACAAGAGGUUGAUUUGGGCUUAUUUUUUUAUGGUUCGUCGGUCAAGAGUUUUAUGUAUGGCGGAGGGGGGGGCGGCCAGGAGGGAAGAAGGGGCUUCCUUCCACUCCAGAAACGCCCACCGCGCCCCCAAUGUCCCCCGCCUGCAUCGCUGCUGCUUCCCGUGUCUCGUGGCCACCGCCGCCGCCAUUGCUGCUGAAUAGACUCUGUACAAAUCGCGCGUCACACCGAAUAAAAAUGAGAGAGAAAGAG